AUGGCAGGAUUCAUCAGUAGGAACAAUCGCAGCGGCCCGGCUGUCAAUUUGUAUUGGUCGGCGUACCUCAUCGGCAGCGUCAUCCUGCUCGUCGUGCUAAGUUUGGACCCUUACUUCAAUAAACCUUCUGGCUGGAUUGGGUUGGAGCUUUUCACUAGCAAGCCAGUGCGACACGGCGUCGAUCCGUGCUCUUGGGACUAUGAAGGCUCAUGGAAAAUCGGCAGCUUCUCUGGACCCAAUCCCAUGGCGCUCAACAUUUCAACAGAGCCCCUCAUAACAUGCGCUGAUGUCACCCCGGCAAGCGUUAGCUAUGUAAGAGCGCCUUUCGUGCACGUACCCGGGGACGAUGAACCUCUGGAAGCAUCCACCUGGACUGUGUUCUACGAAAUGCGGAACCUCCAAACCCACAACAGCGAAAUCGGCGCCUCCGUCUCCCACGACGGCGGCGUCACCUGGCGCCACGCAGGGGUCGCGCUGGCGGACCGCCGUACGUCCCUCUCCUCGCCGUUCGUGGUGUACGACGCGCCCAGCAAGCUAUACGUCAUGCUUCCAAACGCACAGUCCAGCCCGUCAUGGUUCGGCAGCAGCCGCAGCCGCGGUGGCAGCAGCCUGCGGGCGUACGUUACGACGGCCGUGGAAUUCCCGCUGGGCUGGCGGCCCCUGAGCGGCCCCCUCAUCCCUUCCUCCCUUGCAGCGGGGGACAGCAGCAGCAGUAGCCCCGACACGGCUGUUACCAGCAACGCAGCUGGAGGCCCUGGGGCAGCAGCAACAGCCACCUCCGCCCGGCGUCUGGGGAAUCCCGACUCCGGGACUGCUGCGACCCGUGGGUCAUGGGACGGAGCAGCAGCGCUGCUGCGGCAUGGGGAGGAGGAACGCGCUGCCAGCGGUGCAAGCGGCGGCAGCGGCUCAUGGGGUCCUGGGGAGGAGGUAGGCGGUAGCGGCCAGCUGAGCGGCACCACUGCGGUACUUGUGGAGGGACGCUGGUGGGUCUUCACGUCGCUGGUGCAGCCGGCAGCUCUGCCCUGGCUGCGCCCCCGGGUAACGCCACGCAUCUACCUCACGGAGGGCAGCAGCCUGCUGUCCGAGUGGAUUCCCCACCCAGCUGCGGACCAGCUGCAUCACCCGGGGGGGGGCCCAGUGUGGUCCAGGCCGUCGGGGGAGGAAGAAGGACGGGAGGAGGGAAGUGGUGGUGCGGGGGAGGCUGGGGUUGCGGAGGGCACGCAGGUGUUCUCCUCGGGACGGCCCUUCCUCUGGAGAGGUGCCGUACACCGCUGGGUUCACGGCUGCAAGAGGCACUGUGGGGAUGAGCUGCUACUGCUGCGCGCGGUCGUGGCCAACGCCACGGACUACGCUGAGGAGGUGGCGGCCAGGUACGAGCCGGGGAGUGACCGCUCCUGGCACGCGCAACGGCUUACCCACGCGGACGUGCGGCCGCUGCCGGUCCCGGAGGAGGAGGUGGAGGGCGGCGGCGGCGGCGGCGGCGAGCGUUGGUGGGGGCUAGUGUCCGCGGACCGGUACGCCGACGGCAUGCACCAAUUCGUGGUCCAUGAGCUCUGGUUUGUAGAGCUCAAGGCCUCGCUCCGGAACCUGGUGGCCAUGCAGCUGCUGCUGGUGCUGGGAGUGGUGGUGCUGCGAGCCACGGCGGAAGGCGGAGGCGGGGCGGGGGGAGGAGGAGGAGGUAAAGGGCGCCAUGGCUCGCUCCGGGAGGCAGAUGACGGCGGUAAGUGCGGCAGCACCGUCGUCAGCUCGUGGUGGUGUCGUGGACUGGACGCGACGUUGCGGAUAUGGGCGGUGCAGCUGCUGUCGAGGAGCCCGACGGGGGUCGCGGCGUUGUCAGUGGCGGAGGCGGCUGGCCGUACGGCACAUGCGGCUGUGGUGAAGACGGUGGCGGCGUGGGAUCUGUUUGACGUCAGCUGCCGCCGCUUGGCGUCCCAGCCACGUGCACAGUUUGCAGCGCAUGCGGUGGGGGCGUGUGUGAUCGGUCUGACGGUCGCGGCGGCGGUGAUGGUGGCGGUGCCGUCGGCGGUGCCCUGUCCUCGGUGGAUGGUGGUGAUUCGCCCGUUCACCGACCCGCCGUACUACACGCCACCGCAGCCCUUUGUGGACCCCUCUGCGCCCUUCAACCUGACCCGCCUGACCGUUGUCAGCGGUUGUACGAUGUCGUUCAUGGACAGAUUGGAGAACCUGGUGGGCUCACUGCAGUAUUGGGAGCCCGACCUGCCCAUCGUGGUGUACGACCUGGGGUUCACCAGCGAGCAGCUGGCCCGGUUGAGGUGCUGGCGGGGUGUGGAGGUGAUCCGCGGGCCCCUGGACAGCCUCAAGGCAGUGCUGGCCAGGGACGGGUACGCGAGUGCCCAGCAGAGCGGCUCCCCCUCGGACUACUCGUACACGGAGAAGUACUCGGUGCCGUUCUUCAACAUGACGGACCAGGACUACCAGCGAGUGAAGAAGCAGCCAUUCUGUGCGAGUGGCCUGCAGGGCUGGGUGCGCGGGGCGGCGUCUCAGCAGCUGCUGCUGGGGCCGGCAGUGGCAUGCGCAUUGGCCAUCAACUGCACCGCGCCGCCCGGCCAUUCCCGCGCCAACCACCUGUACGAGCAAACCGCCCUGACGUUGCACAUUCGGUUGAACAACUACUCAUCAUGUAUGCCCCGUGAGACGCACUGCACCUCGGCGGUCAAGAAGGUGUCCUGGGAUCCAACCGCCUCCUCCGCACCGAUUGUUGCGGCGUCUAGGCGGCACCGGUGGCCCAAGCCCUACCGUCACCGAGUAGCCUCCCGCCCCGGCUGUAUCCCCGACCCCGCCGGCAACCCCUGGCGCUCUGUGAGCUCGGAACACUCGGAGACAGUCACCAAGUCGAGCUCGCUGCUGUUCAAAAUCGGGUUCGUGUACGGUCAGGCGGUUGGCGACUUCAUCAUCCAGGCCAGCUGCUGCCUGGGCCUACACGUGGUGGCGCAGGGGGUCCUGCUGGCGGCGCUGCUGGUUGGGGAAGUUCGCCGCCGCUCUCUGCUUUCCCGGGGAGGCGGCCAAACGGCGCUGUCGCCGGCUGCUGCUGCUGCCGGAGGGAGCGGCGCCUGGGGUACCAGCUGGCUGUGGCUGUGUCGGCCGCAGCCGCUGCUAGCCGGACUGCUGCUCAUGGUGUUGCUGAUGGGGCUGUCCAUGGUGACUUCUUGCCGGGCCUUAUGAGGCGCAGACAGCGACACGCCGUGGCCCCUAGUGCCCUAGUGCUCUUAGCCAGGUCUAGUAGGUUGUAUCGGCCUGUGCAUGUAAAGGAGACGUGGAGCAAGGGGUGAUACGGCCAAGUGCACGUCUAUGCAUGCAUAUGUAUGCCUCAUGUAUGUCUGUAUGUACGUAUUUGGGGGGCCGUCAGCAGAUGGGCACCUUUCCGCGCGUGGCGAGGUAACCUUAGGGUUGAUAGGUGGAGAGAGCGUUAGGGGCCGCCGGGGGGAGAGCAGCCGUGGGGCCUGGAAAAGCCUGGUCUGUCUAUUAUACCUGAGGUGAGGAAACGACAGCAUUGACAGCACUAACAGCACUAUAGCAGCAUAUUAUUACUGGAUGUUGUGUCGGUCUGGUGAAUGCAAAGUAUUUGGGGAUAUCUGAACUGCGGUGUGAUUGGUAUACUGGUACUGGCACACACACACACACAGGUGCAGGAGGGCGUUGACAUUGACUGGGCGUUGAAUGCCCCUCUCGGACAUCCCGUACUCGAAGGGAGAGGGGAGUGAGGAUCCAGAGUUAAAAACAGUGGAAGGAAAGGAGGUAGCGUACCGGGCUUGACAGGUCUGUUUACAACAGCAGCAGGAAAAGGGUCAUCUUGUCGACAUUAAUGCAAUUUCAUGGUCUGG